AAUCUGGAACAUUGGACAAGACCGGAGACAUGGUAGAGACUCCUGAGGUCAAUCGAGUUUCUGAAGAUUCAAGUAACAGGAAAGCUCGAAAAGAUGAUUCAAGCCAUAGACAUAGUCGAAGUGUGGAAACAUCAAGAGACAUUCCAUUGCUACCAAGAUCAACUAAAAACCGCCAUCGUUCAAUGGAUAACACCAUGGCCACUGAGUCAUUAAGUAAGGACUCGUCAUCAAGUAAAAGCAGACAUACAAGAAGACACCGAAGGGGAUCAAGGCGUUCCAAAGAUCAAAAUACAGGGGAUGAUGCAAAAAGUGACAUCCCAAAAAGGUCCUCACGACGUAGUAGGAAAUCAAAGGAGGAAUCGUCAGGUGAAGGGUCAACUAGGUCGUCAACCAAGUCAAUAGGAGAUGAGUCAGAACUUGGGUCUGAACUUGGAUCGGAUAUAGUAUAACGAUCAAUGUAGAGGGAGAGGACGUGUAACUAGAGGAGCGAGGAAAGACAAAGAGUUGAUACAGAUCGAGUGAUGUGAAGUUUGGUUUGUUCCUUGAAU